CUCAACCUCAAAUUCCAGUUCAAAUUAAGAAACAAAGAAUCAUCUGAAUCCAACAAAGCAAAGCAAAGCAAAAAGAAUGAUGGGUUUUUUUCAUCUUCGUCUCUUCUUACCUCUGCUGAUUGUUGUUGUUCACAUUCUUGAAUUUGGGCAGAGCCAAUCAUCUUAUGCAUCAGCAUUGGGAGAUCCUGCUAUGAAGAGCCCUAAUUCCAGAUUUGCAUUUGAAGCUUGGAAUUUCUGCAAUGAAGUUGGAUUUGAGGCCCCCAAAAUGGGCAGCCCAAGAAUGGCUGAUUGUGCUGAUCUUCACUGCCCUAAAAUUGCAGAAUUUUCGAGCAGCUCGUUCGUUGAUGAGGAAAGCAAGUGUGAAUUACACCACAAAGUGAAGGAUUCAGACAACAAACUGAAAGCUGGUGACAGAUUUCCUAUUAGAGACUUCAAGUCUAUCACAGAUCCCGAUGCAUACGCAGUCGAGAAGGAGCUUUACCUCGGAUCGCUAUGUGGCUCUCCCGACCCUUGGUAUUUCUGGAUGAUCAUGCUGAAAAACGGCAAUUUUGACAAGAACACGACACUCUGCCCUGAGAAUGGGAAGAAGGUCGCGAAAAUAGUCACAGACCGGAGCUUUCCUUGCUUCGGUGAAGGGUGUAUGAACCAACCCCUCGUGUUCCAUAACAAGUCCCGACUGGUUUCGCUUCAAGAUGGAAGUGUCUCUGUGGUUGGAGGGUAUUACGGGACGUAUGAUCUUGAUGCUGAUCUGAGUGGGGGUGCAGGAGCGAACUCUUUCUUCUCGGCUUCGUGGCAGAAGAAUCUGAGCACGGGGAGCUGGAUUGUGUCGCACAAGCUGACAACGUCGUCUAAGUAUCCUUGGCUUAUGUUGUACCUGAGGGCGGAUGCGGCAAAAGGGUUCAACGGGGGGUAUCACUACGACGGGCGUGGCAUCAUGAAAACGGUGCCGGAGUCUCCCAAUUUUAAGGUGCGAGUAACACUCGAUGUCAAGCAAGGCGGAGGUCCGAACAGCCAAUUCUAUCUGCUCGAUAUCGGAAGCUGUUGGAAGAACAACGGAGAUCCGUGCGAUGGGGAUGUCCUGACGGACGUGACGCGAUAUAGUGAGAUGAUCAUCAACCCUGCGACAACAAGCUGGUGUCGUCCCGACAAUCUGGUCUCGUGCCCGCCGUACCACACGAGUUCCACCGGAGAGAUGAUACACAGAAAUGACACGUCGCGGUUCCCUUAUUCCGCGUAUCAUCUCUAUUGUGCUCCAGGCAAUGCUCGGUACCUUGAGAAGCCUUACGACAUCUGUGACCCGUAUAGCAACCCACAGGCGCAGGAGCUCGUGCAGAUCCUUCCUCACCCCGAGUGGGCCGUCCACGGCUACCCUGAAAGGAAAGGAGACGGGUGGAUUGGAGACGGGAGAACUUGGGAGCUCGACACCGGAGCCCUCUCUAGCCGUCUAUAUUUCUAUCAGGAUCCAGGAACAAAACCAGCAAAACGAGCGUGGCUUUCAAUCAAUGUUGGUACAGAAAUAUAUGUUAGCCCAACUGGGGUUACUUCAGAAUGGACAGUAAGCGACUUCGAUGUUUUGGUUCCUAACAACAGGGAAGAGGGUCGAAGGGAGUACAUGUAGCGAGCAACACGUAGGUAUUCCCGUGAUUUAAUGGAAAGCUACCCGUUGCCAUCAGACGAAGGGAGUACUAUGUUUUGUAUAAAAGUUUCUCCUUUUUUCA